CACGCCCUCCUGCCGCGACCAUUGGCCAGCUCUGCUGUCUGUCAGGGGGCGGGGUGGGUAUACAGCUGGAAAGCCGACGUGAAAGACGAAUUCGUGGUAGUGUCGCUGAUGCUGAUGGUAAAGAGGCAGCAUGGUGGAUGUGUUCAGCGGGCGGCUGCUGGUUAGCAAGGACGGCCGCAGCGUGGACCCCGAGGAGGCACUGCAGAACAAGGUCGUAGGCCUCUACUUUUCGGCCGGCUGGUGCUCGCCCUGUCGCGACUUCACCCCCGUGCUCUGCGACUUCUAUACGGAGCUGCUGGAGGAGAGCCAGCCGCCCGCGCCAUUCGAGGUCGUCUUCAUCUCCUCUGACCACAGCGCCGAGGAAAUGGUGGGCUACAUGCACUCCAUGCACGGCGACUGGCUGGCUCUGCCCUUCCACGACCCCUACAAGCAGUGAGUACCGCGGGGGCCGGCUCGUAUCCCCCUCUCCGGCAUAAGGACUUUCCCAUACCUCUGCCUGACCCCUGUGCAGCCCUGAUUGGUGCCCUGGCAGCUCCAGGUCGCGCUUCCUGUCCUGCGGGAUUUUGGCCGCAUCAGCCUCUGCUGCUUUUAUCGUCCUGUCCUCUGGGCAAGGCUGCUGCUGGCUCUCUAUCCAGGGCUUUUCCAGCACAGCGAUAGUUCUGGGUUUCCCGAUUUGGUACUGCUCUGGAAAGACAUAAGAGUGAAGGAGUAGCAAAACUCGUUGCUGAUGAACUGAAGGGAGAGCAAACUGUUGCCAUAGUUUUGGCUGGGAUGGAGUUAAUUUUCUUCAUAGAGGUGUGCAUGAUAAUGUACUUUGGAUUUUUGAUGAAAACAGUGAUAGGACACAGAUGUUUUAAGUUGUUACAGGGCAGUGCUUAGCGAAGUCAAUGACCUUUCUACUUCUGCUGCCCUGACAGCAGGAGUGCGUAAGGAACCAGGAGAGAAUACAGCCAGGAGAGCUGACCCAUGAUAGCCAAAUGUGUUUCACAUACCAUGUGUGUGGUAGUAAAAGCUGGGGUGAGGUAAGAAGGCAGGGGCAUUCAAAGUGAUGGUGUUUGCCUUCCCAGGAAGCAGUUACCUGUGAUGACCUUGUUCUCCUGUCUGCUGAUGGGAUGCAGCAGGUGAAUUCCUUGUCACUUCAUCCAGCAAGCUGUUUGGCAUAGAUCACUGGAAUGUGCUUACGGCUUCAGAGUCAGUGGAUUAGGGUUCUAUUUCGAACUGUGCCAUGACUUGCCCAAGUCAUGUGGAAUGGAUGUAUGGAGGCAACCUAAUCAGCUUUUCAGUCUCUAGUGACCUGCAGAUACCUGUAGUGAAAUAUGGUUUGUGCAGUCAGGGGUAGCUGUGAGACUAGAGUUCAAAAUGUAUAAUGGAAGAACAAAGUAUGGAGAAAUAGGAAAAUAAAAUGAUUUUGAAGUUGUUUCUUGCUUACUGUAAAGAGUCGCAUGAAAAUGCUUAAGAAGCUUAGGUUGAAUUAGCUGGCAGUUCGGCUUCAGAGAUAUUUAUGAAUCACUGUAAACAUUUUACAAGUGCAUCCAACUUGUCCAGAUGUAAUUCUGGCCAUUUAUUUCAAUUCUAAGUAAGAACACAAUUUUAAAUUUAACUUAUAUCAAGUUGGUAUUUUAACAUUUUGUGCAUUUAUUAAUCUUUAUUCAUUAACCUUCUAAAAAUUCCAUUGUAAGUCAUUCAAGUUGAUUUCUCUCUUGUGCUCUCUCUCAAAGUCUACAUUGAAGUUGGUGUGCUAGCUGGUGACUUGAGUGCGUAAAUCUGCAACUUAAACCAGUUCUCUUAUAGUACAAAAGAGCUGACUUGAAAUUGGAUAAAAAGCUUUUCACACAGGUACAACAUUUCAUGGGCCUGAAUUUCUUCCUAUUUAGAAGUAGCCUAUAAGAUAGUGGACAAAAUGUAAGUUCCUGUGGAGAAGCAAAAAAGUAAAUACAUAGCAGGACUCUUCUCUGCUGUCAGUCCUGACUGUUUUCUCAGAGAUGGCAAAAGGUUUACUUUUACUGCAGUAGAUGACCUAUGACAUGACUAGCAGGAAAUAUUACUCCUGAUGUUUGAAUGCUUGCAGUUUUGAUGUUGAUUUUGCUGCUGCAGGCAUAGGCUUUGGGUUCUUGCAGAGGUGGGACAGGGACAUUCUAGAAAAAAAAGGAGCAGUAGAGGAAUGGGAAUAAGAGAGUUAGAGGAGGAGUAAAAGGGAAUAUAUGAACAACAAAUGUUAGUAAAUAGGGACUGCUGUGUUCACUAUGCUAUGUGAAGAGACUGCUCUGUUUAUACCUAACCCUACUAUGAAAUCAGACAUUCGUUGUGUGGCUGUCUGUGGUGUGCUAGCUGUGGUCAGUUACAAGCUGACAGGUAGGCAGGCAUUUACAUGAGUGAAAACUCAUUUCAUUUACAUCAGUGAAAACUAGAAUUCAGACAGUCCCAAAUAAUGGGAAGAGGAAGGAUAUGCUUACAUUCUAUAUUAGAAACUUUAGACUUGAGUGUGGACUAGCAUCUUUAGAAGUGUGUCAAGGGGAACUGAAAAACGCAAGUGAGAAGUAUCUAUAAGCAAGUCUAUAAGCAAGUACAUCUGAGUUGUAACCUGUUUAAACUGAUCCCAAAUCUGAAUACUAAAAUUGAAUCCCAUUCUUACAACGUGCAUCUUUGAUAUCAUUAAGCGACUAAUGCUUAACAGUGCAGAAAGUUCACUGCUGAAAGAAAAUACACAGGGCUAUGGGUUACAGCAUAUACUACUAGAAGCAGCAUAGCAAGAUGGAAGUACUUUUGCUAGAAAAAUACCGGACAAGUGAAGGCUGUUAACUGAAGGGUUGUUAAAUAUCACUUUAACCUAGUGAAUGAGUGUAUUGUGUAUGUUUCCAUUAUGAUAUUAACUUUGUCACGUGUUGUCUGUCUCUAAAGAACCCUUUUAUGUAUAAAUCUUAAAUUGUCAUAUAAAAUUAUUCACUUAUUUUAGGAGUUAAGUCUCGUAAGCAGCUAAGCACCACUUGCUGCUUAUUUGCUUAACUGCCAUUCCACCUCCGCAGUGGAGGCUGGGGGAUUAAUCUGAGAGGAGGGAACUUGUUGAAGUGGGGUUGAAGUAAAGACAGAUUAAAAGAUAAAGUGCGUGCAACUGCAUCCUCAAACAAAGCAAAAUAAGGAAUUCAGUUGCUACAUCCUAUCAGCAGGCACUUAUUGAGCCAUUUGCAGAGAAACAAGAAUUCAUUAUACAUGAUGAGAAGAUGACAAUGCCAGUGAAAUCUAAAUGUCCCCCCACUUUCUCCUUCUUCCUCCCAGCUUUUAUUGCUGACUCUGUCAUGUGGUUUGGGAGAUUCCUCUGAUCAGUUACUUUCUCAGCCAUGUCCUUUACCAGGCUCUUGCCCAUCCUCAGCUUCCUCACUGGGAGGACAGUAUGACAAACACAGACUUGACUGUGUAAGUAUACUGCUUAGCAAUAGGUAAAACACUUGCGUGUUGUUACCAAUACUGUUCUAGCCCCAAAUGCAAAUCUUAGUACUGUGUCGGUUUCUAUGAAGGAAAUAGGCUCUACCGUAGUCUAAAAUCAGUACGUGAUACUGUAAAAUCUUUGUAUCCUCGGAAACAUUCCUUGAUAAGAUUCUCCUAAAAAUCAAGGCCUAACAAACUUCAGAGACUUCCAGGAUCCUUAAAUAAUGUUUCUCAUCUUUUCGUAUUUCGUAUGUGAAUGAAGGUUGUCAUCUUGUGUUAUGUUGGCCAUCUUGCAUGGCCAAAAAGUAACAGUUUCAAGGAUUUUGCUAAAAUAUUCUUUAACUGUGAAAAGGCUACUCAUCUAGUCUUCCCCAGCUAUCCUUUUCUAUAGCUUUCUUUUCAGCUUUGACUAUUUGGAUUUUAGAUUUCUCUUCUCAGUGAGAAACAGUACAUACUUGUAGGCUUCACCUGGGAAUGUCUUCUUUCAGCUGAUAUUUAAAAAUGUCAUUACUUAUCACUUCGAUAUAUUGCGAGAAAAUUGAGUUUUCCUUUGAGGCACAGGAUGUUUCUGCUUAUGGCUAGUGAUUAAAUUGUCAUUGUAAGUUCAUUUGAUGGUGCCUGUGUUCUUUGUACAGUUGAGUCACAGCAUCUGAGAUCCCCAUAGGUGAUCUAACCAGGCUUUAAAAUGCUUUUAUAAACACCUCUAACACAUCCAUGGUGAUAAAGAAGUGAUAUCUGCAGAUCAAUUCCUGAGCGUUCUUCAAGUCUAGUCGUACAACCACCUACACACAAAUAUAAGCAGAAUCUGUGCAUGCUUCAGUCUGGUUUGAUGCAAGCAACCUUCUGUCCAGGGCUGCAUAAACAAGAUAUUGUGCCGGGGUACACAUUCCCUUAGGAAAGCAAACUGUUUGUUAUUUCCAGUCUCAAUGGCAAAUUACCUUCAGUUUCCACAGUUCUGUCUGUUCUACAGUUGUGUUAGGCAUCAUAAACUAUUUGAUUGUCUCUGAAGCAAUAUAGUGCAUUUUCCAUCUUCUUUAUCUUAGCACUGAUAUGAGAUGAUAACCUUUUACACUCUCCUUACAUGAAUUUGC